AAAAAGAAAAAAAAAAUCGAAUAUAAAUCAGUAAAGAAAGGCAUAGCAUAAAUGCGAAAGUGUAGGCAACAAAAAAGAAUAAGAAGAAAUGGACACAUUCAAUAUUGGUGUUGAUCAGAAACAAUGGCCUGCUUGGCUUCCUCAUGAUUGGUGCAUCCAUCACAACUUCAACAACACUCUUGAGCGUCAAUUGCAUUAUUACUCCAACCCGCGAGGGAAAAAGUUUUACUCCAAGGAGGAGGUUGUUCAAUAUCUUGCUACAAAAACAGAGAAAAGUGAGACCAAGCAAACCAAGAGGAAAGCCCCUAAAACUGAAGAAAAAGUAAUGACAGAGAAAUUUAAAGAAGAGUUCGAACUACAACCUCUUUCUACUAGGCCACACGAAUGGCCAGAUUGGCUUCCCGGCGACUGGUGUAUUGAACGAAGUCACAAAAGCCCUAACAAUGUGCAUUAUUGUAGCCCUAAAUGGAAGAAAUUUGAAACCAAAGAGGAGGUGCUUAAUCAUAUACGGACUAAUUCCAAGAAGAUAUCCAAUAAACUAUGGAAGAAGACGGUGUCUCAACGCAAACAUUAAUUGAGAUGGUUUCACCAACAAAGAUGUGGCCAGCAAAUUGUACUACAAGGGACUUAAGUGCAAGUGAAAAUCUAGGUUUCGUGUUUACCUAGGUUAUAACUUACGACGACAUGGUUUAUUUUAUUAAAGAUUUAUAAAUAUAUAUAUUGAUGUCACGUAUAUAUAACAUAGAAAGAGAAGUUGGGUUAAUUUAGCACACACAUGACUGUUGUGAAUAGAUGGUAAGGAUGUUUUUUAUUAACUAACUUACACGAAGUUUAAGACUCUAUGAACAUUUUUUGUUAAGGCGUGUAAGAAGAAUGAUGAAACAGGAGUAUUGUAUGAUAGACUCUUUAUUGCAAUUAGAAUAUUUUGCUACAAUCACUCGUAUUGAUUUGAGAACUGUUCUUGUAUUAGUCUGUGAACAAUUAAUUAAAAGAGUUAAGCCCUUGAUUAGUGAUUAUUUAAAAGCUCAAAUGCUAGUGGAGGCUUAUUUUUGCUAUCUUGCCAGGUUAUACAAUAAGACUGUUUGAGAAAAUGGUUGCUCCUGUAAAAUACAACAAAGAGGUUAGCAGGGCCCGGAAUGUUUUUCCGGGGACCCACUCUCACGCCCAAGUCAGUAUCAGUUUAAGUCAUGUUUGCCUAAUAGGUCAUUCCAGGAGCAUUGUGGCUGCAAGGUGGAUUACUACUUAGGACUUAUUUAGACGUGAGGUCUUUUGUGUUUAUCUAUUAGCAACUGCUAUGUUGAGUAUCAAUCUAGACAAUUAUCUCCGCUUUUAGAUUUAACACAAUAGUAUUAAUAUCUUUCUAAAAAUCAAUGUGGGUCCUUGAGAUUCAGUUGUAAUAAAUCCUUAGCAAUAAAUUACUUUGCGUUCUUUAUGUUUCUCCCUUAAUCUUAGAAAUUAGUUACCUCAUUUAUGUGCUCCUUCAUCUGUAUUUAUAGCUCAUCAUU